AUGCUUGAUACCCUGUCCUCAAAACAAAGGUCGAAACGCGAUGCCGAACACACCAAGAAACGAUACGACAAGUCCCGAGAAUGUAUUCGGAAGAUUAGGCUCCGAGUGUACAUCUGGUACGUUCUAUUUCGACGCGCCGUCAAGCUACGAGCUCCAGCUCGUUCCCAGCAGCUGCGGAUCUGCGCCGCCCGGAUGCCUCCAUCAGCGGUGGCGGCAUCGUUGAGGCCUCCGGGCCUUCCUCUCCCGGAAUCGCUCCGGGAGGUGGCCGUUGCUGACGGUAUGGUCCUUCAGAUCCCGGGGCUGUCAUUCCACUUCUCCAAUGACCCGACGUCGACACUUUUGGUGGAGACGUUUGGCACACUACAACUCUUCCGAAACCGUCGGGACACCUCUUCCUCUGACUGCCUAGAUGAUGGUGACGAGGGGCAUCGUCUCGUGCACCCCGAAGAAAUGGAACUAACGGUUACCAUAUUUUCGUCGGCACGAGCGUAUCACGGCCGAGGUGACCCGGGCGCUGCUCCCCCACCGUCCGGGGAGCACGCAAUGGACGCUACGGGAUUGGUGUUCAAGAUGAUGAUGACGUUCACACCACCAUCACCGCCCUCGGAGGGCCUGGGCCCGUCGAUGGCGGCGGGGGCGACCAUUAACCUUUCAGAUUUUGGCUGGCUCGGCAAUUCGACUAGGGCACUCGAUCUGUCUCAAUAUCUACACUCUCCUUCUACCGGUCGCAGCAGGGGUGACCUCCUGCCACCGGGAGGACCCGCCUUCGACCUGUUCGAGCCGGAACGGGAGCCCCCGGAUAACCUCCUGAUACCCCGAGGACAAGCCUUCGACCUGUUCGAGCCAGAACGGGAGCCCCCGGGUGAUCUCCUGAUUCCCGGAGGACCGGCCGUCGACCUAUUCGAGCCGGAACGGGAGCCCGUGGUUCAACUCCUGCACGCGAACGGGCCGAACCUAUCACUGCUUGACACGGUCGACGAGGAGCCCGCGUCAGGCGCGUUCGCGGAUCUUCGUUUUUUCACGCACAAGACCACCGGGGAAGUGUUCGCCCUGAAGACCGCAGAGGACACACCCGAGGGGAUUAAGAACAUCCUCGCGGAGAUCAACAUCCUUCGCGAGGUGAUCGGCAGCGCUCCUCGUCACAUUGUGAAGGCUAUUGAGACCAGAGCGACCCCAGUGGCCAUGAUACUCACCAAGGCGGAGCCCAGGACGUUGAGAUGCAUCGGAGACAGCCCUGGUGCUUCGAAUGCUGGCGACACCGUCAAGGUGCUUGACGGAGUCCUGACGGCUAUCGAAUUCCUUAGCUCCGAGGGGUUUCUGCACCGCGACAUUAGGCCUGAGAACAUCCACGUAUCCGGGGACGGAGAAGGACUUCUGGCCGACUUUGGCCUUUGCACCCACAAGGAGAUAGCGGUCCUUCCCUGGCAGAUCGGUGCGGGUACACCGGAGUACCAGGCUACAGAGGUGGCGACCACGGGGUCGUCCCUAUGCUCCGAGCUAUUCGCUGUCUCAGUCUGCUUCCUGGAAAUGAUGCUCAGCCGAAACCCGUUUGACGGGAAGGCAUUGCGGUUGGCCAGUGAACGGCGGAGGUCUUACCUCGAAGGGGUAAGAAAAGAGCUACUCCACGUUCUAUCACAUCAUGCCGAGGAUGGAAAUUAUCGGGGUCACCUUGCCCCCGACCACCACAUGGAAUCCCAAAACAACGAGCGCGAAGCACUAGCGGAGGCAUCCUCUAGGCUGGAAAACACACGCAGAACGGAAUGGCUCCUCGGCAUUCGCAGCGACGAAUGGCGGCCGGACGCGGAAGCUCUGUCGGCACUGGCCAGGACAGAAGUACCUCUGGAAGUGUACGUCGUGCCCAGCCAGGCCGACACCCGCUCACGGGAGAUCAAGGAGAACUGGGCGGGAGUCGAGGCGAAGAGUUCUCCUCGAAAGGUGUUCGAGGCGGCCGAUUGGACGGAAUGGCUUCCCGGCACCACCAGGGUGCCUUGCACCAAGGGUCUCCGCAAGAUCGUGUCUUUGGUGGUGGAGAAAGGCAUGCUAGAUCCGAACCCUGGCGGUAGACCCCAGACCACGGCCGCCUUGCAGGGUCUCCUCCACGAGGCCCUGAGGCUAUAUGAGACUACCGAGGCAGAAGGGGAGUAG